CCAUUCUAAGAUGCGGCCCCACGUCUCGUCAGCUCCAAUAGGCAGUAGCGGUGAUCAGGUUCCAGAAGGCGCCAAAAAAAUAUCGAUGCACAGAAAAAUGGGAAUGUUUAACUCGACUCCCCAGACUCAGAAGUGUUACGACCCAAAAGAUACCACGCUGACAUUUGUCGACAGAGAGGACGAUUUAGACUUUUUGUGUGAAGGCUUCCCGUCUCUGAGAGCUCAGAUGUCCUGUGGUCACGCUGUGACCCCGAUGUCUCUCACAAAAUGGUGUCUCCAGCAGCUGGAACAGUUUGGUUGUGGUGCUGAGUGGUCUUACGCGGAGGUCCGUAAAAUGGCUCUCCUAACCCCCGAGGAGAUCAAACACUUUGAGAAAACCAUGGCUGUCAAUUCUGCUGAGAGCAGAAAGUGUCCUCAGUGUCAGACYCGAACUGUGAGACAGAGCGAGCUUAAUCUUUGUGUCCUCUGCCAAGUCUGCACGGCAAAGAAAGGAGUUUGCUAUGAGUUCUGCUGGCAGUGUCUGAGGAAGUGGAAAGGCCGAAAGCCUCGCUCAGACCGCUGUGGAAACACCGGCUGCUGCGACUCGGCUCUGGUAACGCUGAAAACCUGCCCGGACAUURUCUUUGCGCCCGUGAAAGUGGCCACCAUGUGCCCCUCCAUCCGAGCCUGUCCCACCUGUGGCUCGCUGCUGGAGCACAAACAAACCCACUGCAAACACCUCACCUGUCCUCGAUGCAAGAUCAAGUUUUGUUUCGUGUGCCUGAAAACUUUUGCCGAGUGCUCAAAAACAAGUCGCCUCUCAGAACCCUGCACCAGCGGCGUCGCCCCCAGACAGACUUCAGUCCCUGUGUGGAAAAAGAAAUAACGCUUUGUCCCGCGAGAAAAUUCCUCUGAGUUCUGUUUGUUAACCCCUGGAAAAGAAGCUCRUCUGUUGAAAUGUUCYAUAAUCAGAAGGCAUUGUGUUCUGAACAUGAAACACUGACAAGGUUUUAUGCUCUUUAGUGUUACGACAGUUUAUAUUUGUGUAAAUUAUAACCGUUCCUGACAUGCCUGCCUUUUCCUGCUAAAACAGUGCAGCAAGUUGCUCCUCGUCCUGUUUCUUUUCCUGAGAUGCAGUUUCACCUACAUUGGUUGUAAAUAUUUCACACUAACUGCAUGGUUUUUUUUUUGUUUGUUUGUUUGUUGUUUUUACUUAGAAGAGUCUAGCUUUGACUGCUGGUAGGCUUACUAUUAAUGUUGCUGUUUUUUAAUUUAAAAGUUAAAUAAAUGUUUUGUGGUUUGACAGCUGGAGAACAUUUGUCAAAUWAAUUUAAAAUUCAA